AAAUCUCCCGGCGAAGAAAAUAACCGGCGAAUUUCACGGAAAAACCUCGCCGACGAAGCAAAGUUAUGGCAGUCCUGGCUGCGGUGGCAGGAUCACGACCGUGGAAUGCUUUUAUUCAAGCUUUAUUUCUGAUAUCUCUAUCAUUUCCCAUUCCCUCCAGCGCUUACCGAUCUUGCGAUAUCGUCCGGAUGAGCAAGAUGGGGCAAUAUCACUCUUCGAGAAUCACUUGGCAUGAUGUGAUCGGAAAACAUUGCCCGAUCUUCGCCGUUAAUCGCGAGGUUUUGAUCCCCAUAGCGAAACCAAUUGGCUACACAUGAACUGAUCCUUAUAAGAUGUGAGAAUUUAGUGGUUUGAUUUUGAUUUUGUAUAGCUGUAUUUGGAGCUUUUGAAUUGAGAUUGACGGAUUUUUUUCAUUUG